AUGAGUUUUAGGACGAGAGCUAGUAAUAAUUUUAAUAAUGAUUAUUCCCAUGAUUCGAAUUUAUUAAUCAAUAAAUACACAACAAGUUUCAAUAACACAUUCAAGAGAGAUAUAAAAUUUAUACAAAUCUUAUUUCCUUCUUUUGAUCUAUAUUCAAUUACUUUUUUCUUUUCUUUGCUGUUAAUAUUUCUCUUUGUUGUUAUAGAUAUAAUCUUUUUUAACUUUAGUAGUCCCCUAUUCAUAAAUGAAGAUGUGAUCAAAAAAAUUGGUAUAAAUCGAUUUGCCGUUUCAAAUAAUUACCAAUAUUAUAAAUUAGUAACUGCCACCUUUCUUCAUUCAAAUAUAUGGAAUGUCCUAAUUAACACGUAUUAUUUAAUGAACAUAGGGACAAUAAUUGAAAAAAAUUAUGGAAAAGCAGAAUAUAUUAUUAUUAUGAUAUUGAGUGUAGCUUGUGGAAAUUUACUCACAUGUGCUACUUCGAAAUGUUUAGAUGUACAAAUGGGUAUUAGUCCCAUACUGUCUGGUUUUAUUGGAUUAUUUUUACAGGACAUUAUAGUUCACUAUGAUGAUAUUAUUGAUAAACUAAGCAUAUUUGGAAAUUUCAUAUUUUCUUUUCUAUCAUUAUAUUUAAUGAUUUCCAUAUUUUCAUACAAUGGAAAUGUACUUGGUAAUGUUGGAGGUAUACUAGCAGGUGUUAGUUAUCCUUAUAUUUUCAAAAGCGAUACUUUGCAUGGGAACAGUAGGAAAUUAAAAAUUUUAUUUGCCAUUUUUAUUACUUUAUUGCUAAGCGGUUCCUUAGCUAGUUUAAUAGUUUUUAAAUGUUAA